GUUCAUAUUUGAUUGCUUUCACCAUUUUUCAAUUUAUUCGGAUUCGGUAAAGCAAUAAGUGAAGUUGUUCUGGUACCAACACAUAGUAAAUUUUUAUUCAUUUUAUAAUUAUGUACAACAUAAUUCUAUUUAUUAAUUAAAGAAAUUUAUAAUAAAUUUUAUUGACUACAGCAUUACAUUAUAUAUUUUAUAUUAUAUAAUGUCUUCCACAAACUUUCUAACAGUGAAAACGCAUUUAUCGGAGUUCAAAAAUAAUUCGGACAAAGAUACAGUUAGUGAGGCGUCCGAAAGUGGAACUAGCAACUCUGUGACGUCAGCAGAAGAUCUCCAAAAAUUAGCGGUUAUACUUGGUUUAAACAGCGCUGAUGAUGUAUAUCAAGAGCGAUUUCGGGUUGAUCGUCGCCGCUUGGAGACUAUGCUUGCAGAGAACUUGGAAGAAUCACAGACGGCUCAAGCAUUCUUUCAUCAAGUCAUGACUGAAACUAAUACCCUUGUGAAUUGGCCCGCUCGCUUGAAAAUUGGUGCACGUUCGAAAAAAGAUCCCCACGUAAGAGUCGCUGGCCGACCUGACGAUGUGAAACUAGCACGAGAGAAGAUCAUGCAGUUACUGGACACCAGGAGUAACCGUGUUACAAUGAAGAUCGAUGUUAGCUACACAGACCACUCGCAUAUUAUUGGAAAGGGUGGUCUUACAAUCAAGCGUGUUAUGGAGGAUACCGGCUGCCACAUCCAUUUCCCAGACUCAAAUAGAACCAGCACUGUGGAAAAAAGUAACCAGGUGUCCAUAGCUGGUGAUAUGGAGCGCGUGGAAAGGGCUAGAGCUCGUGUUCGGGCGCUCACACCUUUGAUGUUCUGCUUCGAGCUGCCUAUAGUGGCACCCUCUCAACCGUUGCCCGAUAUCACCUCACCCUACGUGCAGCAAAUACAGGAACAGUAUAAUGUACAGGUGAUGCUGCGUAACCGUCCAAAGCUGCACGCGAACCUGCUGGUGGUGAAGGGAGUUCAAUGGGAGGUGCAGGCCACUAUGGAGGCGACCAAUCUGCUCAUGAACUAUAUGUGCGGCCCGCUCGCUAAGCAAACACUAGUGCAGAUGACGUUGGAGAUCUCGCCAAUGCAUCACAGCGUGGUGGUGGGGAGGAGUGCGGAGCAGCUGAAGGUGAUCAUGAAAGGCACCGGCACCCAGAUCAUGUUCCCGGACGCGGACGAUCCCAACAUCCCGAUGAUCAAGAAGAGCUGCGUCACCAUCACCGGCCAGAUCAAGGAUGUGUACGCGGCGAGGCAACAGCUCGUUGGCAGCCUCCCCCUGGUGGUGAUAUUCGACGUGCCGGAGGAGUCGUGCCGCAUCGACAACGACGCCGCGACCAAACUGAUGCACAAACACAACGUGUACAUCAACAUACGUCGCAAGCCCAAGCAGGGCAUCGCGUCCGUCGUCAUCAAGGGCAUCGAGAGGUGUGCCGGUGACGUCUACGAAGCGCGGCGCGAACUCCUCGGCGGGAAGGAACCGUCCGUCACCGCCGAGAUACCGGAGUCGUACAACAUUCCGGCCAUAGCGAACAACGCGAUGCCCAACUUCGGCGUGUUCAACCCGUUCUCGCCAACACACGCGGCCAACCUGGCCAACUCCCCGUGUUCCCCAUACAACAUACAGAUAACUGAUUUGACCAAUUACGCAAACAUUGGCAGCCCAAUGUUUGGCCACAACCCGCCGACGCCCGGCGGGUACCCGAGUCCCAUGUCUCCGGUGGCUCUCACGCCGCCGGUGUUCUCCAACACUUGGAUGGUACCAUCUCCUCAGCCAAGGUCCGGUCAAUUUCACUACCCGAACAUGAGUGUACCGAAUCCGAAUAGCAUUAUGUACAAGAACCAGGGUGGAUCGUGGAACCCUAUGAACAACGCGGAAAUGAACAGCAUGCCUCAGCCGGUGAUGAUGCAGCCGCCGUACCAAAUGCCAGCCGAUGGCAGAGCUGCUCAAACGACGUUGAACCAGUUGCUGAACUGCAGCUCGCAGGCGAGCAGUGGGUACCAGAGCAACUUCACAGGCAGCUCUGUCUCACUCGACACGCAAAAUCUUUCCGUGUUGACGGUGACGGUGGCAGCAGGUGGCGAGGGCAGCAGCGUGCCGAGCGUGGCGGCGAGCGUGGCGAGUCCGUCCGUGUCGCCCAUCAGCGUCGGCCGCAGCCCCGCACAAGACGAUAGACACCACGAAAUAACAGAACUGGCAAACAUAAUCUCCGACUUGCCGCUGUCGGAGCGCCGCGCUGUUGGCUGUGAGAAGAAAACUCUUGAGAAUCUGAACAAGCUCUCUCCGCUCACUGAGUACAGGAAAAUGAGAGCCGAAGCCAGUAAGGCGAUGCGCGAGACGGUGGGCAGUGGGUACCGCGUGCCGACGCCACGCUGGUCCGGCUACUACUUCAGCCACACCUCGCCCGGACCCAUCAACUUGAAAGACGACACCGAAAACAACGCCACGCCUGAAAAAGGUUGGAACAGACCGGAGCUAGUACGGCCUAACAUAACGGAGCCAUCGAAAACACCACCUAGCAAGCCCUGUCGCUACCAACAGCUGUACGAUCUGCUGCGAGAUAUCGGCCUGCAAAAGUAUAUUGAUCUGUUCAAGAAACACGAGUUGGACAUGUCGACGUUUGCAUCGCUGAACGAGGCGGACCUCGUUGAAAUCGGCAUAUCGGCUUUCGGCGCUCGCAGGAAGAUGCUGCUCGUCAUCUCUGAACUGCAAAAACAAUCGAACGCGUUCAAGAAGGCACCAGCGCCAGGCAAACUCAUUAGUUCACCGCCAUUCAACACCUCGCACGCACAGGACAAGUGGUAGUCAACCGUCGCCCGCAACCGCCCGCCAGCGAGCCGCACUUGAGCAUUUGGGUUCUAGUAGGUAUUAUGUUAGAUUGCUCGCCAAAACAGUUACUCGAAAAUUGGUAUAAACUACUUCUGAGACGAGUCAAGACAAUAUAGCACGUUCACUUAAUGUAUGACACUUCAGCGAGAUAGGAAAUACAGAAGAGGGCAUGAUAGUAUCCCUUACAGUAUUCACUUAGUGCCUGUACACCCUAUGAAAAGCUGAAGACAAAGUGAACGAGCUAUGCCACCUCAACUUACUUUAUGUAAGACAAAGUACCUAAACAAAUUACGAGCUAAACAUUUUUCUGUGACAAAUUUAUGACAAAUUCACGUCGUAUUGAUGCUAAAAUCCUUGGGGAAACUACUAAAAUACUUUUAUACCUAUUCAAGGCAGAAACCCAUCGUCAUAAAGUCGAUAGAGCUGAUUGAAUUUCAAGAAUAACACUUGACUCGCUGUUAGGUUUGGACUUGUAAUGAUUAACAAAUACCUACACUGAAAUGACCAGUGCUAUUGGGCCUCACAAAAGUUAUCGUAGCACGACACGGCACGAUUUUACCAUAGCGGAAUGUAUGUGUUAAUUUACCGUCCACGGUGGGAAAAGCGUCCCCAUAUAAUAAACAUACAUUUUACUUCACUAUACUUAAAUCAUGUUGAACCGUGUUAAGAUUAAUUAAACGUAAAUAGUUUAUCAGAAAGGAUAGAAAAAUUACAAAAUUAAAAAAAAAAAGGAAAUUUUGGAUUAUUGAAAGAUUGGGGAUAUACCAAAAUUAUGCGGAUAGUUCGUAUACCGUGUUGGUACUGUUGUGAAAAAUUAUGAUGGAUUAAGUCCUUUCUGCUAAUCUACGUCCAAUUGUAAAAGUCCAAUUGUUUCCUUAAUCUAGAUCCUAAUUGCUCACCUCGGUGUUCUAAGUCCGGAGAUUUCAAGACUGAUCAUAUCGAGCUCGUAAGACUGAUCCGAUGGCUCGAAAAGAGCAAUGAUCGUUAGCAAGCUAGAGUUUAAACUGAAUGGAUACUUUAAUGAAUAAGUCUAUUCGAAUAGCUACCAUAAGACUGAUACAAAUAAAUUUUAUUUUUCAGUCACGUGUUCCCACUAUCUUUACGGUCCAUUCGCAUCGAACGCGAUGCGACGCGACUAUUGUAAUUCAUAAUAAUAAAUUUAAGUUUUCUUUUGUGUUUGGUAAUAAGUAAACCGAGAUUGCGUGGUCAUUCGCGUCGCAUCGCCGAUGUGAACUGAUCUUUGCUGUAAAAUUAUUGUAAUAAGACUAUUAAAAUUAUAUUAACUCGUCCGGAACCGUGGCUGCAACGAAUGAGCUUGAUGCUAUUAUCGGUGAUUCGUUAAUUUUCUAUGAGGUUUUUAUAAAAUGUAGUUAUUAAGUUAUUUUGUUUUGUUUGUUUUUUUUUAGAAACUUUUAUGAUAUAGCUAAAAGCGAUACGACGAUUAGAUCUCUAUUUCAGACAAUUGUUGAAGUAAACUGGCCGAGCGCCGUUAAAAUUUAUCUGUUAUUUAUCUUUAUAGAAUUUUAAUCGUAGUUAUUAAGGAGAGCAUGUUUUAUUUUUUGAUUGUACAAAACUGAGCAUUUUAUGUGUAAUUAACUCAUCGGACAAGAUAUUAUAUAUGUAUGAUUAUUGUGAUAUUCGGCUUACCUUUUUAUAAUUUGAUUAUGGAGUUAUUACAAUGUCAGGUAUUCCUACAUUUACAAUUUUUUUUUUUUUAUAAAUACACACAUAUUCGGCCAACCAACGUAUUCCUUUUGCUGGCAUAUUUUUUAUAAUAUGAUUUAUAAGGUAAUAAUUUGGUAUUGGCGAUUGACCUAUUCAUAAAAAUCAGCACAUCAAAAUAUAUUUGUAAACUUUUGGACAGGCAAUGAAAAGAACUUGAAAUUUUUUGACUUGAUUUUAAACACGACGAAUUUACAUUUUAGUUUACAGCUGUAGGUAAUAAUAACAAGAAGGGGAGACGUUUCGAACAUAGUCACACUAUUUACCUAUAGCUGGAUUAUUUUAAUCAGUUAACAUUUUAUAUGAAUAUAUAAUAUAUAUAUAUUAAUAUCACAAAUCAUAUAUGUUUUUGUAUUUGAUUAUGAAUUUUAGGUUUAUUUUUUUUUGCUGCGUGUGCAUUUUCGAUUUUAACCCUAUUAACAUGCUAAUUUAUUGUGAAUGCCCUAUUGUAAUAUGUUAUUGUAGUAUUAUUAUUAGUGAGAUUUCAUUGUAAACUAUUGGUACAUAAUAUUUGUGAUCGCUUGCUUUUUAUAACCUGUUAGUUUUUACAUCUCUAUCAACCAUGGAAUUAUGUAUCAGUUUGUUUACUUUCUAUCGUCUUUUAGGAUCAGAAAUGUAUUUCUUUUUAAUCAUGAACUUGUGAUUUUGAUCAAUCUUUUCUUUUUUUAAAUUAUGAUUAUGAUUUACAUAGACUUUUUAGUGAUUAUGAAAUAUUAUCUGUAAGUGGAAAUUAAUUUAAUGAGUUGGUCUAAAGUUAAUGAGUUUUUAAAGCGUUUGCACUAGCGGUUUUGUUAUUUUCUAAAAAUAUAUAAGUGAGUUUUUGCACGUUUAAGUUUUUCUUGUACGAUUAAAUUUCAGAAAUUU